AUGGCAUCUCAACACAAUCAGCAUUAUCGGGUUGUGCCUUAUGCACGAGGACACUAUGAUCGUCUGUGCAAGAAGCAUGGACACGUUCCAAGCACAGCCGACGUGGAUGCAAUCAAACAUGUCAUUGGCAAAGUGAGCAAUCAGGUUAAACGCUUCGAACCGGGUUUGUUGUUCUUCCUCUCAAGAUCAGCUGUUCGGUUCGAGUUUGGCACAUUGCUUGUCGGCUGGGAAAAAUGCGCANACGGUACAAAGCUUCCAGUGUGGUUCAAACCCUCAACUACUGGAAGGAAGUUGUUCCCUGUUGCUGGUGGGCCUUUGAACUCGCUCUACGCUCCCGGAGACCGCGUUUGCGACGGAUGGCAUCCUGUCAUAUUUGACAUCGUCAACUCCACCAAGAACACAAAUCGUGCUCUGCAGUAUGCAUAUCUCAGAGCUUGCAUCAAAAUUCUGGAAGCCACUGUCCCGCCACCAUCUAUUGAGAAUUUGCAGCCGGCCCUUCACAGCUCUGCAUCACCGAACCCGACUCCGGUCGUCCCUUCGAGUGAUGAUGAAGAGCUCGAGAUUCAGCGUGAACCAACUGCCGUUCCUAUUGGCCCCUCGCCUUCUCCUGUCGUCGAUUUGACCGGUCCUGACGAAGAAGUUGAUAUCAAGCCCGAAGCAGCACCCACUUCCGCCGAAAUUCCACAAAUUCUGGAUGCUAGGGUCGAAGAGAAGGUUCAAGCCUUUCGCGAGAAGCUCGAUAACAAGGAGGUCAAUCAGCUGCAGCAAAUGUUGGAGAAGCAGUCUGAGCUUCCAUCCUGGAUCAUGGAUCUCGCCAAGGAGAUACUAAAGGAUAAGAUGCUCAGAGAGCUGGAGCUAGCUGAAAGGUUGCUUCUAUAA